AUGACAGAAGGGUCUUCAAACUUUGGCCAGUCAACACCAUCAGCCAAUUUCAGUAAUUAUUUGGCUAAUUCGAAUCAGUUUAAUAAUUCGUAUAAUCAAAACUGUCAAAAUCCUAACUACCCUCCUCUGUUUCAUCCUGCAGCUGUAGCGGCCGUCGCUGCGGCAGCUGCAGCAGCCGGUUACACACAGCAAUUCAAUCCAGGCGUUAUAGGUCAUACACUUGGCUCAAAUGCUUACCUAUCUCCUUCCGAUGCGAGUAGAGCUUAUUAUGCUAGAUUCGCUUUACAACAGUCUGGACUGUAUCCCGGUUCAAGUACUUUCAAUAACUUUGGAGGUAUGAAUAUACCACAUGAUUUCCCAUUGUCAAAUUCUACUGUUCCAUCUAUUCCGUCUUCCUCCAGUGGAUCAGGAUUCUCAUUAGGUAGUAGUGGGCCAUCAAGUUAUGUACAGAAAUCCGAAAACUGUUCGAAUUCACAACAGCAACAACCCGCUGGUCAGUCAACUAAGCCUCCUAAAUCUUCAGGCAAUAAUAAAGGGAGUACAAAGUCACCAGGUAUUCGGAAUAGAAAGUCGUUAUCAUCUGAAGAGUUGGCGAAUCGAAAACAUCAAGAAUUCAGCGAACUUGUUAAAGCUAGGACAGAGAAAUUGAUGUCAGACGGUCCUGUGCUAAAUAUGGGUCAUCCACUUAACUUAACAGCAAAUAGCAAUGGGUUGAACACAUUCGUAUCAUCUGCCAACAUGAACAGAGCGUAUUACAACAACCCUGUUUUACAACAGUCUGGACUGUAUCCUGGCUCAAAUACGUUCAAUAAUUUUGGAGGUAUAAAUAUACCACAUGACUUUCAAGUGUCGAAUUCCACUACUAUUCCAUCCUCCACCAGUGGAUCAGGAUUCUCAUUAGGUAAUAGUGGACCAUCAACAAACGAUGUGCUAAAACCUGAAAACUGUUCAAAUUCACAGCAGCAACAGCAACAAUCUACCGGUCAGUCAACUAAACCUCCUAAAUCUUCAAGUAGCGUUAAAGGGAGUACAAAGUCAUCAGGUACUCGGAAUAGAAAGUUGCUAUCAUCUGAAGAAUUGGCAAAUCGAAAACGUCAAGAAUUUAAUGAACUUGUUAAAGCUAGAACAGAGAAAUUGAUGUCAGACGGUCCUGUAUUAAAUACUGAACAGCCUGGACAAAGUUCAACAGCUCUAUCUUCAUCAAGUUCAGCUGGUUCUACUGGACCAGAAUCGGAUGCACCAAAUUAUCGAAAGUUAAUACACGCUGUCUUAGAUGCAAAAAAAUCAGCUCUGUUAAGAUCACCACAUGUUAUUGAUUUCCUGUCUAGUCGUCAACGUGCAUUAACUGAUUAUAAACGUCAAACAGAAUUAUUCAGUGUUACAAUGAACAAAUGA